AUGGCCAUCGGUCUCCGAUGGCAAACAAAAAUUCAUCCUGGAGAUGACAUUCCCGACUAUGUUAUUGAACAAACGACAUUUCAAUAUGUCUCUAUGAAAGAAACUUUGUUGUCGUUAUUUAAAAAUCCUUCAUUUCGCCGUUUAUUCGAAGAUUUUAAUCAAAAUAAAAAACAUCAAUGUGUUAACGGCGUGUACAAAGAUUAUUGCUGUUCGAAAGUGUACAAUGAACUUGAUCAUGAUCAACGCAAAGACGCUAUUUUUAUUCAAAUUGGCACUGAUGAUUUCGACGUAAGCUGUCCCGUGAAAUCAAAGUCAACGAUCCACAAAUUAACAGCAGUUUAUUUCAAAAUUCGAAACUUGCCACCAGAAUUUGAAUCAAAGUUGGAUUGUAUUUUCCUCCUGGCUCUUUGUGAAACUGUUAACAUUAAGCAAAGAGAUGUCAGCCUUAAUAACAUCUAUGAGGUUUUUGUAGAGGAAUUAUCUGAAUUACAAACAACAGGUUUGCAGAUCGAUGACAAAACACGGCCAAAAGUGUUUUUGUUUGAUUUUAUCAGCGAUAAUCUUGGCUUAAAUGGAGCUCUCGGAUUUACUGAAUGUUUUAUUGUUGACGGAAUGUGUAGAUAUUGUGAAAUGUCGAAAGAUGAAUGGAGAGUUGCUACACGUGAAAACAAAUCAAAAUUAAGAACUGAAGCAUCAUAUCAAAAGGCCAUGAAAUAUCUAGAUUCGUUAGAUGACGAUGUUGACAUUGAUUUAAAAAAGUCGAAGGGAAUAAAAGGUUCCUGUGAGUUGACCAAAAUUCCAUCCUUCAGUAUAUUUCGAAAUGUAAAUGUCGACUUGAUGCACGAUAUUCUAGAAGAGUUGGUGCGAUCCUUUAUCGAAAAUCUCAUGAAAUACUGCAGUGAAAUUUUUUUUGCAUCAAACAACACCGUUCAAGUACUGAUUCGUGACUUUAAUUAUGGGUUCCUAUUCAAAAAUAAACUUCCAUCGAAGGUGAAAAUUCCUGCGAAUAAUUUGAAACAAAACGCCACGCAAUAA